AGCAGCAGGCAAUGAUGGACAAGCUGUCCCCCAGGGGGAGCUUGAGCACGUGAGCGUGCACAUGGAAGCGUCAAGCUUCACACCCCAGCAGGCCCUAGAGCAGGCAGCCCCGGGCGCGAGCCCUGUUCCGGAAGUCAUUCCCCUCAACCAACUACAGUUCGCGGCUAACUUCAUGAACUUCCUCAAGCAGAUGGCUAGCGCAUAUGUUCCACCAUCGCCACCGCCAGUGGCUGUGAUCACUAUUGAGAAGCUCUGGAAGAAUGCAGCUGAGGAAUUCCUAAGCGAUCAGAUUGCCGAUCCCAUGAUCGCCAAGCGAUGGUUUGAGCGAACCAUUCGUGUUUUGGGAAACCUGAGGGUUCCACAGGAUCAACGCGGUUUAGGAGAAGGGCAAUCCACCACGAGGCCUCCAUUAUUUGAUGGAACAAAUUACACAUAUUGGAAGGAGCGAAUGAGAAUUUUCAUCCAAUCCAACAACUUUCUCCUAUGGAGAAUUAUCAAGAAUGGGGAAGAAGUACCCAUGAAGAAAGUUGGGGAAACCACCGUUCCCAAAAACGAAGAUGAAUACGAUGCGCAUGAUAUCAAGAAAAUAGAGAACAACGCCAAGGCGAUCAACAUUCUUUAUUGUGCAGUAAACCCGGAUGACUACUGGAAGAUCUCUUGUUGUUCCACCGCCAAGGAAAUGUGGGACAAGCUAGAAAUCACAUACGAAGGCGGUCAAAGAAAGCAUUCCCGCACCGGAAAGAACGUUGCUUCCUCUUCGGCUCCUCCACCACCGGCACACAAGUAUCUCGACGGGUCGUUCCUUUGGUUCAACGACCACGCAGAGGCGACGCGGUUCUCGGAGAAAUUUGAGCACCGAGAGAUUCUCCCUCCCCGAUUCUCCACAGCCUGCUUCAUUCAUGACUCCAUUCCACGUGAGGCACGGAUUAUCCUCGAACGUGGAAACUUCCUCGAUCUCCUCUACAUCAAGAAGGUCAAUUAUCAACCCUUUCUUAUUCGAGCUUUCUACUCGAACUUGAAAAAGGAUGAGGACGGAGCAUUGAUCUCUAAUGUCAACGGGGUGGACAUCUAUUUGAAUGAGGAGAACAUUCAAAUCCUCACCGGGCUUCGUCGGGACGGACAGGAUCUCGGGCUCUACGUCGGAGAAGAAGGAGCGCGGUUCAAUGAGACCGCUCUCUUGGAGGAAGUGGGCAUCCGACACUUCCUAUCCACUCCCCAACAGCGGCGCCCUACGAUUGCUUCCAUGAGUCCCGUGUUUCGAUUCAUCUUUUAUGUUUUGACACGGAUUCUCAAACCCAGGAAGUUCAAUCACACCACACUCUCCCAGGAGGACACGAAGACAAUUCAUGCGAUGAUUCACAACGCCAAUCUCAAUUGGCCUAUGCCUGUUAUGCCUAACAUUUCAAGGGAAGACUUGGAUAAUCCAGUAAUCGUGUCCAACCCAUUGGGACAUAGUCUACAACUCACCCAUAUGUAUCACGACUGUCCGUUAGUGGUCCAGGGAAAGACCUUCCCUGCAAGUCUCAUUGAACUUCCACAUCGUGAGUUUGACGUUAUUCUACGCAUGGAUUGGCUCACUGCCAACCAAGCCGUUGUUGAUUGUGGAGCACAUACUGUUCGGCUGAGAGCCGAAGACGGUAGCGACAUCCUGAUUCGUGGUGAGCUUCUUCCAAAAGCUCCGGAAUUCAUCUCAUACAUUCAUGCUCGCCGACUCAUUCGCAAGAAGCACGAAGCAUUCUUGUGCACUGUGCGUGACACUCGUCAGGAGGCACCCCGUAAGGAAGACAUCCCUACGACCAUUGAGCUCGUCUCUCGAGGAGAGAAGCCAGAUUUCACAGUUCAAGAUGAUAUCUUGUACUACCAGGAGCAUCCAACACAUAUACUGCCAGUGGAUUUAGUCACUCUAGACGAGAAUCUCACAUAUGAGGAGGAGCCUGUAGAAAUCCUAGCUCAGGAGAUCCGACAGUUGCAUAACAAGGAGAUUCCAUUGGUCAAGGUAGACAUGACGAUACAAGUGCCAACCCUGGAGGACAUUGAUGAUGGGAAGAUGGGUGGCGCACGGAUGAGUUCAAUAUUUGAAUACAUGUAAUUAAUUAAUCAUUUGGGCAUGAACCCACCAUAUGUAACACCCUAAUCCGUCCAGGUGGAGUGUAUUAAAUAUUAACUCCUUCUCCACUUUGUCAAUUCCACACUCUCAAUCCCUCUUCACACUCUCUCUCUGUCGGUCAGUCACAAAGGAGGAGGAGAAAGGAUUCCAUAUCCAUUGUUGAGCCAAGAAGAAGAAGAAGGAGCAAGGAGAAACAUCAAAGUUUCUAAAAUCCUGAGUGAAAAACGCAGCAGCAACUUCUUCAGAGUAUUGUAGAGAAGACCCGACGUUGGAAGCUUGAAGUUGAUAGAGGUGUCCGUACGUUGAACGUUCGUUGAGGCGUAUACUUUAUUCCUAUCACUUCCGUCUUCAACGUUAUCAAGGCGAGUACAUUGCACCCUAGUAACGCAAUCCUUGGUUGAAUAUCAAUCUAGAUAUAUCGAUAGGAUUGAUUGCCAUAUUAUAAGUCAUUUGUGCUUUAAGAUCAAACUCAUUAGACUCAUAAAGUAAAAAUAUGUUUUUCUUGAUACUUCACCUUAAAUGAAAAUGUAAAUGUUAAGAAUAUUUCAAAUACAUAGAUAUGUUAAUCAUAAGUGUUAGAAUAACUCAAAGAAGUAUUUUAGAUGUCAAAAAAAA